ACGAGCGGAAACUACGUUUCGAAGCGGUUCGUGUUUUUCUCGUCUCUUUUUCGCGUUCUUUCUUAUUUUUGUCGCGUUUUUGAGUUUGUUUUUGCUGUUUUGAAAUGGGGAAAGCGGAUUUUCUGUCGCCGAAGGCGAUAAGUAACCGCAUAAAAGCCAAAGGCCUUCAGAAGUUGAGGUGGUACUGUCAGAUGUGUCAGAAACAGUGUCGAGACGAGAAUGGCUUCAAAUGUCACUGCAUGUCGGAGUCCCACCAGCGGCAGCUGCUGCUGGCCUCAGAAAACCCCUCGAAAUUCAUGGAUUACUUCUCAGAUGAGUUCAAGAGCGGCUUCCUGGAGCUGCUGAGAAGACGCUUUGGAACCAAGAGAGUUCACAACAACAUCGUGUACAACGAGUACAUCAGUGACCGGGAACACAUCCAUAUGAACUCCACGCAGUGGGAGACGCUCACAGACUUCACCAAGUGGCUGGGCAGGAAAGGAUUGUGCAAAGUUGACGAGACCCCGAAGGGCUGGUACAUCCAGUACAUCGACCGCGACCCCGAGACCAUCCGCCGCCAGGAGGAGCAGGCGAGGAAGAAGAAGCAGGAGCUGGACGACGAGGAGCGCAGCGCCAAGUUCAUCGAGGAGCAGGUCCGCCGAGGCCGCGACGGCAAGGAGGUGGAGGAAACUACAGUUUUCACUGAGCUCAAACGUGAGAGUGAAGAAGAGAAAGUUGCUUUCAACCUGGGUGCCUCCUCGUCUCUGGCUGGCUCCUCCAAACCGAGUUCUGUCCUGGGAGCCAGCGCUCUGAAGCCGUCCUCCUCCUCCUCGAUGAAAAGGAAAGACCCGUCGGACUCCAGAGGGGAGAAGAAGAGGAAGUCGGCUCUGGAGGAGAUCAUGGAGAUGGAGGAGAAGAAGAAGAAGAAGCAGCAGGCAGUCAGGACUGAUUACUGGCUGCAGCCCAACAUCGUCGUCAAAGUCGUCACGAAGAAACUGGGAGAGAAGUACCACAAGAAGAAAGCUGUUGUCAUGGAAGUGCGGGAUCAAUACGGCGCCGUGGUGAAGAUGAUCGACUCUGGAGACAAACUGAAACUGGACCAAAACCACGUGGAGACGGUCAUCCCUGCACCAGGGAAGCGGGUGCUGAUCCUGAACGGCCCGUUCAGAGACACCGAGGCCGUGUUGGAGGGGAUCGAGGAGAAGGACUUCAGCGCUUCGCUAACGCUCGACUCGGGUCCACAGAGGGGGAAACGGGUCAGCAUCGCCUACGAGGAUUUCUCCAAACUGGCCUGAAGAAGUAGCCUCAGCUCAAACUCUGAGGCAGAAGAUUUUUUUUUUUUUUUUUUUUUUUUUUUAAUUAUCAGCUGUCAGACCUCUACUGUGUCAGAGUGAUCCCUGUACUGUACAUAUCCCACAAUGCACCAAAGACACGGACAGUGUUUUUGAUCUAGUCCCUUUUAUUUGCAACAUUUUCAAUGUGAAUUUUGUCCAAAUAAAUUUUCUCAAAAGUCAC